UUUGGUUCCCUCGCGAUUGCUUCUUCUCUGUUUCUAAUCAUAUAUAUAAUUGUUUUAUUUUAAGCAUAUACAGAAUAAUCAACGGGAUAUUUGAUACAGUUUCAGCCAACAGCAGAGAUGUUAUCCGCAAUUGUGAAGGAACACCAGAGCAAGCAAUCUGCGAGGAAAGAAAGGCAAGAGCAAAAGCGGAAAGAUGCCGUUCAGGCUGCGAGCAACUUGACACAAGCCCUCGUCGAUCACUUGAAUGUUGGUGUAGCUCAAGCGUAUCUGAAUCAGAAGAAACUAGACGCAGAAGCGAAGCAGCUGCAGCACAGCGCGACCAAUUUUGCCAAGCAAACGCAGUUGUGGUUGAAUUUGGUGGAGUCCUUCUCGAGCUCCUUGAAAGAGAUCGGAGACGCGGAAAAUUGGGCGCGCAGCAUAGAGGGAGACAUGAGAACGAUAGCGACCGCUUUGGAAUAUUCGUACAAAGCCACACAAGAGAAUCAAAGUGUCGGUAAUGUUUGAGGACCAUCGAGGUGUGGAACGUUGUUUCAUCUUGUGAGCAUAAUCCGGUCGUCGUCGUGAGCAACGUGAAAAUUUCUUCUAAUGAUUUUAUGACGUGAAAGAGUCGAUGUUAAAAUAUAGAGGUAAUGCAAUAUUUGAGUUGAAGAAAAACAGCUUUUGUACAUAAUUUUCAUAGAGUUAAAUGUAUGACUUAACAACUUGUUUUAAUUAAAAAGAAAUAUUGAACUGUUAGCAAAAGAUA